GCCACGGUAGCAGACCUACUAAUGGAUCGCGCACACCGCACACUGCGGGCAACCAGCAGCAAUGCAUCCACGCCUAGAGACAUAAUAGUAUGUCUACACUUCUACCACAUAAAAGAACAAAUAAUGCGCGCAGCCCGGGACUUGCCCAUAGAA